AUGUACAUACCCGAGAAACUAGCCCUCCUCAUCCCCCGCGAGCAACCUCCCGACCACAAAUCGCCCGCGGUGCUCGGCGUCACCAUCCCCAUAGUCGGCGUCUUCGCCGCAGCCCUCGGCUAUCUCUGCUGGCGCAAGAAGAAGCCGCGACGCAAGUCGAGGCGCAGCCGCCACGGUGGCGAUUCCGGACCGAUCGUGAGCGCCAACGGCUUCAUCCUAGGCGACGUCUGGGACGAAGGCGGAGGGUUUGACCCCGACCCGCGCAGGAGGAACGCAGGCGCCAGAGGCCCCGACAACCACGGCAGAGAAAUCUUCGUGGACGACGUGUGGAACGACGGCGAGUCUGACGGGCACGUAGAUGUGCACCCCAGCAGGCGCGACCGCCAACACAGCACCAGACCCCGACGCCGCAGCACAGACUACGGUCGCCGCCACCACCGCAACAGGCCAUCCAGGCGUCGCCGCAGCUCAAACGACGACCACCACCUCCACAGCAGGAGACGCCAUCGUCACCGCCGUGGCCGCAGCACCGACGACAACGGCGGCGGCCACGGCCACGAACGACACGAGAGGAUCGAGGGCGACGUGUGGAACGACGGCCAGGCGCACGGGCACGUGGACCGCGACCCGGGCAGGCGGGAGCCGUCCAUUGCACACAGCGUGACGGGCAACAGCCACGUGUUUGGCACCGACGACAUUGACGACCGGAGCUUCCGGACGGCGACCGUGAGCGUCGACGAGCCGUCCGAGAUGCCGACGUUUCCGGCGCGCGCCCACCUCCCCGGGGCGUCGGCCAACGUAGGUCGUGGAGUCGACGAUGAUCUGCUCAGUGAGGAUGGCAGCGAGAUGGGCCCGGCCCAUCAGAACCGACUCGCCUUGGAGCUGAGAUGGGCUCUGCAUCGAGGUGCACCUAUGCAAUGA